AUGGAUCCUGAUCAGAACGCUAAAUUUCCUCUCCAUGAGGCUGCCCGUGAGGGCAAAACUCAAAUCGCCGAAUCGUUGUUGAACGCAAACCCCAAGACUGCGCUUGUCAAAGACGAUGAUGAGCGUCUUCCUAUCCAUUGGGCUGUAGCGUACAAUCGGCUACCUAUUGUGGAGCUGCUGGUUGCCGACAAGAACUUUGAUCCAGAUGUUGAGGACGGAUCUGGAUGGACUCCUCUCAUGAUCGCUGCCAGUCUCAAGGAUGCCGAAGGUGAUAAAAUUAUCGACUUGCUUCUGCGCAAAGGUGCCGAUGUCACCAUGAAGAGCAAUUCUGGCCAGAAUGCUCUGCAUUUCGCAAGCUCCAAGUCCAACAUUUCUACGGUCCGAAGUUUGCUAGCGCAUAAGUGCAGCGCUCGGGUAAAAGACAUUCGGGGUCAACUACCUCUCCACCGCGCGGCGGCCGUUGGGUCUGUGCCUAUUAUCAAAAUGCUCUUGGAGGAAGGAAAGAGCCCUGUUAACGCGACUGACAAUGACGGGCUGACGGCACUGCAUCAUGCUAUCUCGGAGGGUCAUGGUGAUGCUGCGAUUCUACUCUUGAAGUCAGGCGCAGAGGCAGAAAAGCGAGAUGGCGACGGACGACUAGCAAUUGAGCUAGUUCCAGAUGAUAAGGUCAAGCAAUACAUUUUGCAAACAGCGGAGAGAGAGGGAAUCGAGCUACCAUGA